GAGAACUAUAAAUACAGCAGCGCGCGCGGGUCAGCUCCACAGUCCACCGCGCGCUCUGAGUGCUGUAUCUACUUUAUACUCCUUUACAAGAUUUUCUUAGACAGUGAAGACCACAAUACCACUAACACUGCUGAACAUCAAUAUUUAGACUGCAAAGACACUUUUAGUCGUACUGGAAUAAGUUUUUUCUUAUCGGGGAAAACUAAGAAGGACUAAACGGAUGAUGGGAGUCUGAUAUCGCCUUUCGAUUCUCAAGGACUGUGUUGGGAAAAUAUAUAAAAUGCAGAUCUUCAGAUAUGUGUCAGUGGUGCUCAUCCCUUAGCCUGGAGAUGUUAGCCAACCAAAACUGCACCAGUUCAGCCCUGGGUGUGAAUGAAGGGUCCAGGAAUCAGACCCAGCAGGGGCCUGGAGUGGCACCAGUGUGCUGCAGGGAAAACCUGAACAUCACAACCGACCCCACCACAGCGGGCCUGUCCAUGACCCUGGGCAUCGUGUCCAACAUUGUGGCACUGUUCAUCUUGGCUAAAGCGUACGCUCGUCUGCGGAAGCGAUCCAAAGCCACGUUCCUGCUGUUUGCCAGCUCUCUGGUGGCUACGGACCUGGCCGGUCAUGUUAUUCCAGGUGCUCUGGUUCUGCAUCUCUACAUGUAUGGUACCGCUGGAGGACUUUGUCACCAACCCGAUGCCACCUGCCGUUUCCUGGGAGGCAGCAUGGUGUUCUUUGGCUUGUGUCCUCUGUUUCUGGGGUGCAUCAUGGCAGCGGAGCGGUGCAUGGGUGUGACGCGGCCUCUCCUGCACGCCCGCAUAAUUUGCAUGGGCCACACCAAGAUGGUGCUGUUGAUGAUAUGGCUGUUGGCUUUAUCUGUAGCACUGCUGCCCGUCUUUGGCCUGGGAACGUACACCUACCAGUACCCCUGUACCUGGUGCUUCAUAAACGUGUUAGACAAUACCAACUUCGAAGACGUGAUAUUUGUGCUGCUGUUUUCUGGACUGGGACUGGCCGCGCUAGCCGUGGCACUGGUCUGUAACACCAUCAGCGGGGUGACGCUGGUGAAAGCCCGUCUGCGCAGGAAGAAGUGCCACCGCAGAUCUGCUAAAUCACAUGACAUUGAGAUGGUGGCACAGCUGGUGGGCAUCAUGGUCACUUCUUGCAUCUGCUGGAGCCCUCUACUGAUCUUCGCUCUGAUGUCAGUCCUCCGCUCGUGCAGCGGUGGGAUGAUGUGCGAUGAUCAGAAACACUACAGGACUUUAAUGGUACUGGGAGUGCGUAUGGCCUCCUUGAACCAGAUUCUGGACCCCUGGGUCUAUAUUCUUCUACGCCGGGCCGUCCUCAGAAAGAUCUACCGCAUAACCACCGGCCGUCGCAACCUGAGAGGAAGCACAUUCCGGCGGUGGGAGAUCAGCUCCUUCCAGAACUCAUUGAAAAGUGCAAGUAAUCGGAACUGAUGGAGGGAUUCCAGAGUAUGAGCUCUACCACAUGGAAGAGACUGAGAAAAGGGGAAAAAUAGGAUGUUAUUAACCUGAAUCGUUGCAGUGCAGCAUUGCUGAAGGCAGAUUUAAGGUCCUAUUGCUUAAAUGGUGGAUGAAGAAGCAGCACACUGGAAGUUGUAAUGCAAGCGAUGCUUUUAGAACCGCAGAGACUUCAAAAAGCAUUAUGACUGAGCACAGCGGAAUUCUGGAUGUAAAAAUUCCAUUCAUUUUCUCCAUAAAGAAAUUGACUUUAACAAUAAUCAAUAAUUUUUUUAAGACAUACCUUCUUCUUUUUUUUUACAUAUAAAUUACCAGAUUUGGGGGGUUUAAUUUGCAUUUCCUUGCCAUGCAACAAAAAUAUGUAUACCAAAUGGCUAUGUAUUUGAAUGAACUUUAUACAUAGCAAUGAAAUAUAUUUUAGACUAUCACAAUUGAUUUAUAGCCCAUGAUUUCAUAUAUUAACAUUGUUUAUGAAUUAUUGACAUCAUUCACAAUGCUUCAUGGUAUGAGUAACUCGUUCUGUCAUGAAAUAAUGAAGUAAACAGACUUGUACUUUUGUUUCAUAUCCAUUUCAAAUAUUGUUUUGCCUUCUUGAUGGAAAUCUUAAAACACUAUUGAAGAAUUUUCUAGAAUUUUUGCCCCUGGAGAAAAUUAAUGGGAAGAUAGUUCUCGAACCAAGGCUGCUGAAAAGUUGGCAGUCGCAGUUGCACUUUGUAGAGUGAGUCUUAUAAAUGACAAUGUGAAACGGAUUGCAAUGCCUGUCACUUCAAUUAUUAUUAUCAUAUUAAAAAAGAAAAAACUUUAAGGAAACAAACUAAGGAAGAGGAUAUAUAAAAAGGGCAGGAGGAGCCACAGGAGCAAAGAAAAUUUGGGCCUUGGAUUUAAUAAGCUAUUUUGCAAUUGUUCAGGAUUAACAUGAACCAUCUCUUUUGGUGAUUCAUUAUGAUUAAUUGUAAAAUUAAUCAAAAUGUCUUUGAACAUGAAGUUUUGUUUGGCUUCAGAGCUAUUGCACAGGAUUCAUAUUUAAUAGUCCACAUACAGUAUUAGAUACAGUAAAAGUCAAAUAAUGUAUAAAUAGUGUAAAUAUCACUGCAACCCAAGGGCAGAGCUUUUCCAUGUGCAUGAUUACCGUCUCAGUGUUCUUGUCUCUGUACAUUCGUGUCUUGCCCUACUAUGUGUGAUCUUGAAAAGCUAUGGAAUGUAGAAGUUAUUGAAUAUUAUGUUGACCAAUAAAGGUUCACUUCA